AUGCUGCAAGACUUUUACGUUAACCGACAUGAAACAGAAGCGACUGAGGCUCUCCAAUUACUGUACCACGAUGCUGAGCAUCCCCGAUUCAAGGACAGUUGGGCUCGCGCUCUGACUUACCUCGAUCGCCCGCUCGAAGAGGCUACGCCGACCAAUCGGGCAGACGACACCAUUCAAGAAGUGAUCUUGCAGGCAGAAGCCUGGGUAGAUGCUCUGUAUGAAGCCAUUUGCAACGUAGAAAACGUACGAAACAAGGCUACUAGCAUCGAGCUCGCGAUGUUCAAAUCACCAUUGCUGGAUAAGAAGGCUGUCGAGGCUGCGUGUCGAUCGACCUUGCUCGAUAAGAGGAUCUGCAAAGAUGUCUUGACCGAGGACUCCAAGGUUUUCCAGCUCGUACACGCUCCCUUUGCGCUUCUGAAGAUUAAGAAGAGUCAAGAGAAAGGCAAUGACGUGAAGCGCAACCUGCUUGCUGCAGCUUCCGCACUUGAGCCUACACCUGCACUUCCGGCAUCGGCUGCUACUGCGAGUCAAUGCUCGCUCUCCGGAGGCUUGAGCGUGUUGUCUUCGCAAGGAUUUGCGACGUUGAAUGAGGAGCGCAGUUCCAACAAGCGCAGCCGUGGUGAUCUAACCGACGGCUCCGUGAACGGAGGCAAGCGCGCACAUAUACCAAGUGAGAUUCAGUGGUAUGAUGCAGGAUCUUGGAUCGUCCCAGCGACGCAUGGAAUCACCAUGUUGGCGGUUCCGGUCAGAAGUUUCGAAUGUUGUGAUCCUUGGUGGACAGGUUGA